ACUAGGCAGCUUGGCCUGAGCUAAUUCUUAGCAACAAAAUUCCAAUCAUACUACUUACUUCUGUUAUUAAACAGUGUAUGUGAUGGAGAUAGAUUCGGAACAUUAUUGGACAGACAGUCAGUGGGGCAUUGAUGCAGCCACAUUUUCUUCACUGUCAACAUAACAAUGCCAUUAAUUAUUAGUUUUGUGGCCUCCUCUGCUUCUUAAUCUUAAUAACACGUAUAUUUUGCACUGUCAAUCAAUAAAAAUCUAGAUAUUUUUUAGUUUAUUAGUAAAUUAAUUUUUAUUUUGUUAGUAUUUGUUCUCCAGCUGAUGGUUUAGUGAAAGGUUAGUAGAGUUAGUGGGUGACAUGAAAGACCGGUGUUGAAUCAAAUGGUUAUCUGGGUGCAGUAACUUCAAUCAAGACUAGACAUUUGUGAAGCAAGUUGAGGUUCCCCUGUUUGAUAAUGGAGGAUUUGCCUUAACCACAUGAUCUCCAUGUGCCAACUUUCUUUCCACGCCAUAUACCCUCAUUUUUUUAUACAGUAAAGCUCACAUUCACACAAUUCUCAGGAGGAUGAACAUGUCCCCAUCAUAUAUUAAUCACAGAGGUGAAGAAAGAAAACUUUUUUCCCAUUAUUAAUCAAGUUUUCUAAUCUUAUAAUCAUCACAUUACAGUAAUAAGUCAGUGGUUCAAAUAAGGUAUUAUUGAAACUGUAUUACUUGGUGGAUACCAUCAUUUUUGCAACCUGCCUUUAAAUUGAUAGAUUUCACUUUCCCUGUUUCAUAUUUUAUUUUAAGCUUUAAUUAAUGAUUCUAUAGUGAUCAUGUUGUAUCUUAUGUUUUGCUGUACAAAUAAAAGGAUGGCAGCACAUUGGCAGUAUAUCUGUACUGGGAUCUGAAGAUGGUCAUUGGCUGAAAUGAGAGAACAAAUUACUUGAAACUUUUAAUUGAAGGAAGAGGGGUAGGAGGAUUUGGUGCUGAAGAAUAAGUAUUUUUUAAGCUAAUGGAGAUUAGAUGGGAUCAGGUCCAAGCAACAAGUGCCUGCAAGGUGAAGCAAACAAGUAGAGGCUUUACUCAAGACAAGAGUGUUAUGAAUUCUCUUCUUUCAAAUCUUUUGUGGCCCAAUUUGCUGAAGAUAACAAAUAAACUGACCAAUAAGCAAAUUUAGUUGGCUCUGAUCCAGCAAUGGAGAGAUUUGAUCAUCCUCAUCGUCUACUUCUCGAUACACCUUCAAGCACAUCAACAAAUAAUGGAACUAGCAGGACUCACAAUCCUUUCACAAGUGAUGUCAACUUUGACACCAACAUGGUGAUCAUACUGGCAGCUUUGUUAUGUGCCUUAAUUUGUGCUCUAGGACUAAACUCAAUCGUUCGUUGUGUUCUUCGUUGUAGCAGAAGAUUUGCUUUUGAGACCCCAGAGGAAACUGCAGCACGGUUGGCAGCCACAGGGCUUAAAAAGAGUGCAUUGUGCCAGAUUCCAGUAGCAGUGUAUGGCACUCUGGGGAUACAGAUCAAAGCUACAGACUGUACAAUAUGUCUUGCAGACUUCAUGGAUGGUGAAAAAAUAAGAGUCUUGCCAAAAUGUAAUCAUGGUUUUCAUGUAAUGUGUAUUGAUACAUGGUUGUUGGCUCACUCUUCUUGCCCAACUUGUAGACAGUCAUUGCUGGAGCAACCAACAACAGAAACAAGUUCUGAUGCAGCUGAUGUGGAUUCUGCAACUGGGCAUAACCCUGGAAAUGCACAGGGACAACAAGGUGAUGUUUCUAUAAUUGUUGAUGAGGUAGGUUAAGGCUAGAUGGUUUAAAAAAUGCUCCUCUAAAGAGUGAAUAAAUAAGAAAAAGAAAAAAAGGUUCUUUUCCUAGGGGGGUUGUUGAUUAUUUGCCAAGUUAGGGUACAAUUUCAGGGUGAAAUUUUUUAUGUAAUGAAAGGUUUCUGAGGCUGUUCUAUGAAUGUAUAUACAAACUUGGAUUUGGUUGGAGAUAAAUAUGGUUCUCAAGGUUAAUUUCU